AUGGGUUCAACCGAAGAAAGACGGGUGCUGUCUCAGAACGUUUUUCCCGGGACAUCUCCAGUCAAGAUCUACACACCGGGCGGGUCCCCUCAUGUCACGCCGACAAAACGAGGAGACUUUGGCGAUCGGUUCAUACCGCUUCGACAACCAGCGGCCGAUCUGCAAGCUCGCUAUUCGGCGAUUCCUUGCACAACGGCCGUAGCAGAGCACGACUCGCCAAACACCUUCAAGCGGCCGUACACCCACACGUCACCAACAGGACCGACCUCAAAUCGGUAUGGAAGUAACGGGUUGUCGCUGCCGGACGAGCCAAGACAAGAGCACAUGGUCCACCGCGCGCUUCUGAGAAACGAGCUGCUAGGAGAUGCCAUUGAUGAUGUCAGGCCUUACCAACCCUGCAUGCCGUGUCCUGGAGACGAGAUCGUCAUGCCUGGGGAUCGGCCUAGAGACAGUCCAUCGCGGAAUCUCUACGCGUUUGGUGUCCGACAACAUACACCUACCAAAUACGGCGACCCCUCGACCUCGCAGCCCUAUGGUGGCAUUCUGUCCGGCCCGCUUUCUGAAGACAGCAAGCGCUUGCUCAAGAGCCCUAGAAAGCCACAGCGCAAAGUCCCGAAAAAUCCCUACAAGGUGCUUGAUGCUCCCGAUCUGCAAGAUGACUUUUAUCUCAAUCUGGUUGAUUGGUCUUCACAGAAUAUGCUUUCGGUCGGGUUGAACACAUGCGUCUACCUCUGGAGUGCUAAUAAUAGUCAGGUUAUCAAAUUAUGUGAUCUCUCUACGAACGACGGGGAUUCUGUGACUUCUGUACAGUGGGCGGAUAAAGGAGAUUUGCUUGCGGUCGGCACUGGGAAGGGGAUAACCCAGAUAUGGGACAUCCACACCCAGCAAAAAAUCCACGAGUUGGCCGGGCACACCUCGCGCGUGGGCUGCCUCGCGUGGAACGAUCAGCUGAUCUGCUCGGGCAGCCGCGACCGCUCGAUCAUGCAACGCGAUCUGCGAGCCGGCAACAACUACUCGGACCGGAAGCUUGUCGCGCACAGACAAGAGGUUUGUGGUCUGAAGUGGUCGCCGGAUCGUCAGUACCUUGCGUCGGGCGGCAACGACAACCAGUUGUUGGUGUGGAAUCUACGAAGAAACGACCCGUGCCAAAUAUACACUGAACACAACGCGGCAGUGAAGGCCCUCGCCUGGUCCCCACACCACCAUGGGCUUCUGGUCAGCGGGGGAGGGACGGCCGAUCGUUGUCUCCGCUUCUGGAACACGCUCACCGGGCAGGCGAUGCAAUGUAUCGACACUGGCAGCCAGGUGUGCAACGUUGCCUGGUCGAAGCACUCGUCCGAACUGGUCUCGACCCACGGCUACAGCUACAAUCACGUGAUAAUCUGGAAGUACCCGAGCAUGACACCGGUCACCAAGCUGACAGGCCACAAUUUCAGAGUCCUGUAUCUAGCAAUGUCCCCUGACGGCGAAGCCAUCGUCACCGGCGCCGGCGAUGAGACGCUGCGCUUCUGGCACGUCUUCUCCAAGAGCGGCGCCCCACGCACCUCCAGAAGCAAGCUAAACCUCCUGCACAGCAUGCGC